AGCAGGACGUUUGCGCGGAUACCUCAGCGGGAGUUCCCGAAGAAUCGAGAGCAUAGCCGAAGGAGCUGGUUUUGCUUGUGACGUCCCCCUGGACAAGCAUUUGACUUUCGGACAACUCGAGUGUGAAAUCUGAGAAAAUGACCGUUCUGUAUCACACUGAUGGAAGCGCUCCCUGUCGAGCGGUGAGGAUGCUCGCGAAAGAGAUCGGUGUCGAGCUGGAACUCAGGAGCUUGGAUCUCUUCGCCGGCGACAACAUGAAACCCGAAUUUCUCGAGAUAAACCCACAGCAUACCGUGCCCACGAUUGUGGAAGACGACUUCGUCCUGACAGAGAGUCGAGCUAUCAUGACGUAUCUGAUGAACAAGCACGCACCCGAGAGUUCUCUCUACCCUCAGGAACCGAGAGACCGCGCACAAGUUGAGAAAUACCUCUAUUACGAUAUGGGAGUAUUGUACAAAUCAGUCCUUGACCUUUUCCUCGCUCCGCUCUUCGGACGGCCCUGCCCCGAGGAUGCCGAGGAACGGCUCAAGAGCGUGCUCGUAUUCCUGGAGGAACAUGUGCUCGGUGAUAAGGAAUACAUCACAGGGGAAAACUUCACCAUCGCGGACAUCUGCAUAGGUGCAACCCUAACCUGUCUCGAAGCUUUCGAAUUCGGAUUUCCCGAUGCUCCCCGUUUAGAGAAGUACUACACGGAGAAGAUCAAAGCGCUCCCCUAUUUCGAUGAGAUCAAUGGGCCCGGUAUCGAACUACUGAAAAGCAUCAAAUCGACUGAGGAAGCGACCCCCGAAGAGGAGCAAGAAGGAGGGGCGGCUGACGAAGAGGCGGGUGAAAAUACUGCAGAAGCGGAUGCGAAUGAGUAACACGUCGAGGCAUUCCCUAGAACUUCCUGAGGAUGGCAGAACCCCUGGCAAGCAUUUAGAUUCGCUUCGAUAUCAAUAUGGCUGAACGUUCUUCGUUUCGGCAGAGAAUGUGGGGAGUAUCUUUUUGAUAUGCCGCAGCGAACAAACCUACACUUCAGAGUUGAUAGAAAAAAUACAAAGAAACAUAGAAGACACGCUGUUUGAAAAUAAAAUAAUCUCCCG